AUGAAGAGCACGACAAGAACAAUAGUCGCGCUGAGCGCUGCACUCAUUGCUCUCCGAGCAGCAUGCGCGGAAUCUCAUGACUCACAGGACGUACUUUGUGCUUGUGGUCCCGCGGGCAUAGCGGAUUCGAGCUUGUGCCCUGCAAAAGCAUCGUUCCAGAGUUCCCGUCGCUGCGGAAGCUGCGCCGGUCACACGUGCACCCGCUUGUCCGAACAAACAUGUGGAUCCGACUUGGAAUGCGAGAAAUCAUUCGGCCUUAGCUGCGAUCCCAUCCUGAGCAGGUGCAAAGGAAAGCUCCGGAUCGCCAUUUCGAAUAUCACCGCUAGAUCGGCGCAGAUCCGAUGGAAACUCCGUAAGAAAACUGUCCCACCGCCCGGCAUAUUCUACAGUGUCGAGUACGACGGAGCCGAUACGCAAUGGAAUGGUGCUCAUGUGAACGACGAUGGGAAUUCCGCCGACUUAAGGAAUCUCAAGCCGCAACACGAUUACGUCAUCAAAGUGAUCCAAGAUGGCAACUCGGAAAUCACCAUGUUCCGCACAUUGGAAAAGUCGCAAUCGAUUCGACCUCAGCUAAGAAUGUUACGACGGUCCGCGAGCUCCGUCACGCUCGCUUGGGAUGACUUCGAUUCUUCUGAAAGCUAUAAAAUAGAGUCUCGUACGAGCGAUGCGGGGGCAUUCGAUUCUUGGAACGUGGUCAAGGUCUCGGCUAGUUUCGGAACGGUGAAUAAUCUCCGACCGGGAACUGAAUACUCAUUCCGGGUGAGGAACUCUCAAGGUGUCACAACGGAGGCGAUAUCGAAAUUCACUGAGGACGGAUGCGUUCGGCUGGGGAAGGACUAUCUCGUGGGCGAAACGUUCUUCGAAGGUUGCGACCUUCGAUGCGUGUGUCGGGGGAACGACCAGGGCGAUUGCGAACCCCGGUGUGCUUCACCCUUCGUGAGAGACGCCGCUCCGGCUGCGUCUGUCACCCCGUGUCAUCAGGUUCCGUCGAAAAACGACAGCUGCUGCGUGAGCGUCCAUUGCGAGCACGGAAAACCUGGCAGAUGUCCUUCAGCCGAUCGUAACGUAAGCCUGACCACGUGUGCUCUCGAGUGUGAGACCGACUUCGAUUGUAGGGGAGACGAGAAAUGCUGUCACAGCGAGGUUUGCGGUCGAUCAACAUGCGCGAAGCCCCUGAGCGAGGACUCCGACGACCAAUGCUCAAAACUAUCUUGUGGGCCGAAUUCGUUCUGUCUCCUCAGUGGGGAGAAAGCGUCCUGUGAGUGUCUCAAAGGCUUCUCCGGCAAUCCGAAUGAUUUGCGGUUGGGAUGCAAUUCGUUCGCGUCGAACAUCGCACCCGUGGAUCCAGGUGUUUGUUCCUACAAGAACAAGCGGUAUCCGGUCGGAGAGGAAUUUGACGACGAAUGCAGCUUCCGGUGCCAUUGCACCGACAGUUUCGAAGUCGAAUGUAGCGAGAGAUGUCCGAAACCUCCCUCGAGGAUACCGACCGAAUGUCAUCUGAUCGCCGAUCCGAAAGAUUCAUGUUGCCAGAUUCUCGCUUGCGAGAAGAACUCCACGUCAGCGCUCUCAGAAUUCGACGGCUGCGAGUUCAACGGACGACGAUACCAUGUCAACGAGGAAUUCGACCACGACUGCGAGAGCAAAUGUGUUUGUGCCGCCAGCACUUCUGUGUUCUGCACUCCUCGAUGCGCUCACGACCUUGGAGAUCUCGAUGACACUUGUAGACUCCUUGUGCAUCCCAGGGACCAAUGCUGUAAUAUACCGAGCUGCUCCGAAAUCAAAGGAGAGCCGCCUCUGAGCGACUCUUCAAGUCUUCAAGUGGUCCUGGAACAGGCCAAAGUCCUCAACUCCACGCAGGUUCUCCUGGGCUUCAUCGUGCGCUACGGGGAUCCGCCAUCGAACGCCCAAGUCUGGUUUACUCGUCAAGAUUCGUUAUCGUGGAUCAAACGCAAAUACAAGAUGAUUCCCUCAUCUGGUUACAUUCUGGACGUGACGGGACUCGAGAGCGAUACUGCCUACCUGAUGAAAGUGGUUGUGGGUAAAAUGGAAAGCAACACCGCCAGAGUGCGAACCUUGCGCAGACCUGUUAGUCACGUGGUCGAGUUCUGCUUGCACAAUAAUCGAACGCAUGCAAUCGGCGAAACCUUCAAUAUAGGCUGUGAGCAGAAAUGCAUCUGCGAGAAAGAUGGCAUUGUCGAAUGUCAGGGAAGAUGUGAGACAUACGUGGAUGUCAUUGGGUACGAGCAUUGCGAUUGGAUAGAGUCGCCCGACGACGCCUGCUGUAAGGUCCCGUCCUGUGGUAAGACAAUUAGUGGACCAGACCGUCAGCUGGGUUUCCCCGAUUUCAAUGUUUCGUGCAGCGACGAUCUCGGCCAUCAGUACAAGGUCGGAGAAACAUUCUUCAAGGACUGCCACGAGCAGUGCAUCUGCCAAGUAAACGGCAAACCCAUUUGUCGACCAAUCGACUGCAAAGCGCACAUUGGGGACUGUUCCGAGUUCGAGAUCAUCGACGUCGAUUUCAUACCGAAAGCACCCAACUGCUGCCCUCCGAUCAAAUGCAAGAGUGGUAUCGCAGAUAGGUCAUGCACCUUCAAAGGACAGAAAUAUCGGAAUUUCCAGCAGAUCCCACAAGAGCUCGUCGAGCGUUGCGACCAGAGAUGCGUCUGCGUGGGAGGAUCCGUUCAGUGCGAGGACCGAUGUCCACCCCCCAACAGCUCUCCCCCUCCGACUCUGCCAUGCCCGGUAUCUCUCGCGUAUCGCGGACAUCUGCCCGGUGAUACCUGCUGCACGCACUGGAUGUGCAAAGAUGCGGACUCACGUUUGAGGAGCGUUCAAGUAACGGCCCUGAACUCUACGACGGCUCGGGUUCAUUUCUCCUUACCCAAGAUGCUCCUCGGCCAGGAAGGCGACGUAGAGAUUCGCUUCUCUACAGAGCUCGACAAAGAUCGCGAUGAGUGGGAGAGCCGGAGGUUCACGAGGGGUUCCGGAAAAACUUUCGAUAACGCGAACCUCCAGUUCGAUGUGUCGGGUCUACAACCCAAAUCCAAGUAUGCCCUCCAGAUCAUCGUGCACGUCGUCGGAAUGCUCGAAAGCAUCAAGAGUCCGACGCUGUCCGUCGAAACUCCGACUGAACAACCAUCGCUGAUCCGAGUUGCUAUGGACAUCGAGUUGACGUUCCGGGAUUCGAGCAUAAUUGUCCAGUGGCGUCCAUUGACGCCUCGCGAGAGAGAGUCCGUCGACGGCAUACGCGUCGUUUACGGCAAGGCGAACAGCUCUCCGCUCAUUCUUUGGAAGAAGAGCGAGCUUCUCCACCGAGACAUCACUUCGUAUGCAAUCGAGAAGGUUCAAUCGAGUACGAAAUACGUGGUCAAUCUAGAGUUCAUCACCAGAGACAACGCACACGUUAUAUCUGAGAAAUCUUCGGAAAUUCUGACACCAAGCGACGCUUACGCGUUCAAGAUAACGCUGACUCCUGAGCGAAUCACGCAACGGGCUGCCAUAAUCCUCUUGCUUGGGGUCCCUUCACCGAUAUCAAAAUACAUAAGCGUUGUGAGAUUAUCCCAUGCGUCGAGCCAGAAUCCUGAGAGAGAGCAGAGCUUCCAGAAACUUCAUGAAGCCAAAGUAUUCCUGGACGGGCUUCGACCGUCUACCUCCUACAAAGUUUGGUUGGAUGCGUAUCUGACGAAUGGGGAAGCCAUAGCGUCGAACAUGCUCGAAUUCCGAACCCCGUCGGAUGCCUCGCAUCAAGGGCAUCACGCCAAAAGCACGCUGCAAACGGUAUUCCUGGUACUUCUCGUUCUCGGUCUCUUCGCUCUGUCAGUGUUCGGCUUCGCCUGGAAUCAUUUCCAGCUGCGGCGUCAGAAAGGCGCGUCCGACUCCGCAGCCUACGAUAAUCCGAGUUACAAGGUCGAAAUGACCACAAUGAACAACAAUUCGAACCACUCGAUCUUCUACUUCAGGUCUCGCUCUCAGCCGAGGUCCUUGUCUUCGUGACCUCGACACCGAUAUUAGAUAGUCCGGAAGAAAUUAGGGCGUUCGAAUGAAGCUCCGUGGUGACCCUGGAGGUCACCGAGCAAACCUGUGUAUGAUACUCCCAGUGAGAGCGUUUAGG